AUGCUCAGUUUCAUUCGAUUGGGAAAACUUGUGAAGCCCAACAUCGAAAUCUAUCAGCGUGACCGCACACGACCAGCGGUACAGCUGCCCACGCAUAUUCAAGAGUUCCUGGCGGCCUCUCUUCGCAAGAGUCUCACUGAAAUUUCCUGGUACUGGUAUGCCUUCAUGGACGCGAUCUGGAGCGAGGGCGAAGUCCAGGCCACAGAGGAGGAGGUAGCUAUCUUUCAUGCGCAUGGAUUAUCACGCACGAUCGUGGAGAAGGACAUCAUGACCCUCACAGAGCCGAUAACCUACCGUGCUACGCUGUUCACUUUGCGGGAGGGUGCACUCCCCAUCUUCACAACAUCCCUUUACUGUCAUGUGUGUCACCGACGCUAUCACCACAACUACACAGUGGACAAGGCGAACUCGCUGCGCACCUACUAUGGUGGCCCUCCCCCUACCGUCAUUCAAGUUGCUACCCAUUUCUUCGUGGAAGCUGCUGUAUUGGAGCUCUUUGGAAAUGGCAUGGUCUUCGGAUGGUUAUCUGCUGGUAAUUGUGCACGCAUUUACAACGCAUCACUCGCACGUUGCGACGCGUCGGUCCAGAAUAAUAUCCAAGCAUACGGAAGAACCACCAGAAGUCACCUGAGCGAGAUAGGGUGGCCGUACGCACUCGACAUGAACAGUGAUAUCGCUAUGAACGGGUUUCUCCUGUAUUCGCUCCUUCUAGACAAGGCUGAACAUGGGUCACAUCUCGAGCUACCUCAUGAUUUUCCGACGCAGAAAGACCGGCUGGCUACCGCACUCGCUGAACGAAACAACGCCAUGGAAGGAAUCGGGCAGGAGGAGUGGACACAUGCUUGCGACCUAUGUUUCAUAGUCAAGGAAGCAUCCGACGGGUCCUUCGUGAAGAUUCAGUACGCAGUCGGAGAUGGCCUGUCUAUGGGACGUCCAUGCUGCGCUGUCCAUGACUGCAAGAUCAAUCUCGCUACAAAGCGAGAUAUCUACUGUCCCAUUCAUGCGCCCCUCUUCGCUCACCUAUGUGCCGUACUCUCCUGCGGAAAGCCCGCAGCUGUCGGAUUCCAGACAUGUGGCCUAUCCGAACACCGCGCGCUCGAAGAUGCCUACCGCAAGGAUGGCUCUCGCGCAAUCCACCAGCUGCGAGCACGCCUCCUGGACCUCCACACAGCGGGACAGGAUGGCGACGCCGACGACGAAGUUCUCAUUAUCAAGCAACGGCUUGGAAAUGAUGACACCUCACCUGCAUGUGACAGCAAAGCAGAAGGCACAACGACUACCCUAAAGGCCCGCUUUGGACGAAGACGUACGCACAACGAACAGUUGGUUGAGCGCCCGUGCGGCGUGAUCCUUUCGCGAGCGACGUUCUUUGGGUCUGAAGCAGUCAGCGCUGUCAAGGACCAUCUGAAAGCAGUCUUCCCGACAGCUCGAUCGAAGCCCGAGAUCUUCAUCUACGACAACAACUGCAAGUUACGCCAGCACUUGAACGCAUCAGGGGACACGUAUUUCUCCGAAACGGGCUUGCCCGUCGACGUGUUCCAUUUCAAGACAAAGCAUAGGGUGACCGACACGGAAUGCCAGCAAUUCUGUAACCCCGCCGCCUUUCCGGAUCUUGUUGAUGGCGACAAAUGGCGAGUAAACUCAUCUAUCUGCGAGGAGACAAAUGCGUGGUUUGGUGGGUAUCUCUCAAUCGUGCGGGAGAUGGAGGCGACCCGGUAUACCUUCUUUCUUGACGAGAUGAUCAAGCGUCGAAACCGGUUUACAGUGACACAGCUAGAGCGACGGGGACAUCACCCUUGGAGAAUACCCAUUGAAGUCUUGUUUUCAGGAUGUAGCACUCGCUGA